GAGAGAGAGAGAGAGAGAGAGAGAGAGAGAGAGAGAGAGAGGAGAGAGAGAGAGAGAGACGAGAGAGAGAGAGAGAGAGAGAGAGAGAGUAGACGAGCACUAAACAUCCGAUUUCGCUUCACGCGGUUCCCGCCUUUAACAUGAGACUGUAUUUUUCGUACGCGACAUUAUAUAGCCAUAGAGACAGGUCUCUCUUUCCACGUACAGUGAGGAGUAGGUGCAUCUUGUUUUGUCGUGUAAUGUGCAAAUGUAUAAUGUAUAAUAGCGAUGAGUGCGAUGAAAACUGAAAGAGCUUCUAGCCUGCGUCGGUACUAUACGCUCUCAAUUACACGUUUCCCUACCACUUGUUUUUUACUCUUUUCUGCCAGAUUCAUUAACACUUAGCAGGUCCAAUCUGCCUACCCCUCUGUCACAACUUCCCGAUCUCAUUUGAUUAUUGCCUACCGGUGCACAUCUAAUAUUUCUGUAUCAAAUGAUAUUAUUGGGAGAGAGGAGGAGGAGAAAGGUUAUCCUUACAGCAUGAUUAAUUGAUUAUUAACUAAAUCAACCUGACCAUGUUCUUGGACCUGCAUGUUAUACGAUACAAUAACCGUGUAAUAUUUUGUGUACGUGUAUAUAGUUGUAGGCAGAGAGAUAGGUGUAUAUUAUUGCUUGCUUUCAUAUUAGACUAAAUAUUAGCUGCGGUUUCAUAUUUCCACGUGUGUGAAGUAGGAGUGUAAACAUUUUCCUGUUAUGUUCCCGUAAGUUAUCUCACGUUCAUGCAUCACUGAUUUCUUCUCGUGUUUUUCAUGGUUACAUAUACUAUCCAUCUUGGAAAUCAAUUUUAAUGUUGAGAGAGAUAAAAGUUUGAGGUGAUGAUAUAUAAUAAAUAAUGUCAAGUAAUUAAAUUUAUUAACUUCGAAGGACUUCCAUGAGAUGUGGUUUAUUAACUUGUAGGUUCUAAUAUAUAAUUGUUUCGACAAAUACUGGAGCUAAUACUACUAAUGGCUAAGCCAAUGAUAUCAGUAUGCUAUGUGAUUCGUAUUCAAAGCAUCACUCACAUGCAGCUAGCCAACGUAUGUUUAGUUAUUUGUGCGUGCAGAUAUUUGCCGUUGUAUUAGAUGUGGGCAUUUUCAUCCGUCUGUGUUGCUGUGUAGAAAAUGUUAGACAUUGGAAGUUAGAUCUCAACACUAAUAACGUGUAUACGAACUUGUGUAAAAAAUCUUUGUCUAUAACUUCUUUUGAAUUCA